AUGUGUAAAACUGAAAUUUGUGGACUUUGUCGUAUGUUUGUCAAUCAAUCAAUUAAUAAAAAUCAAAUGAAAUGAAAUUUUACUAACGAUUAAUUUUUUUAGAACAUAAAAGUUGGACAGGAUGUGGUGAGCAUGUUUCAAAAAUUAUGGAUUCAAGUGAUAAAAGUGGUUGGUGUACUUGUGAACCUUUAGAUGCUGAAGAAGCUAUAAUUAUAGAUGGUCAUUGUUAUCCACCAAAAGCUGGUCAAGGUUUUAGAAGAGGUAGUUCAGCUAGUAGUUCAAGCUCAACUAAAUAA